AUGCUGGCCCGGCUAGACGAGCACGUGGCCUUCGGCUUCGCGCUCAAGGGGACGAAGACUCGUUCCCGCUCCCGCGACCCCGCCCACCGCCGCCGCCAACUCCACCCGGGCUUCUUCUGGGGCCGUGGCCGUGGUCGGCCCGGGGCCACGGGCAGCUGUGCCGCCCCUCCCUCCCAUAGGCGCUUUGCGGCGGCCGCGUGCUCUCGGACGAUCUGGUGCGCCACCCGAGCCUGCGCCGCGAGGACCUGCGCGCCUGCGCCGGGAGGACGCGUCGUCAGGCGCCUGAUUGGCGCCGGUGAACGUGCCCCGCGAGCACGACCUCCACGUCGAGUGCACGUCCCGCCGCUGCCACAGCCGUCCCUGGUGACGCACAGGCAGAGUCCGGCGAACGUGUUGCAGAAGCUCCAGACCUAA